CCUCAGGGGCUCUCUAUUCUCCCAGCGCAGAACCGCUCCCCCAAGGCGGCGUCCUUACCGUUCAAACUGUCCGCCUGCCUAUCUCCCCGGCACGUGUAGACAGUCAGAUGCCCCCGAGAUGAUGAACCAGCCUCAGUGCGGGAGCCUUUCAGGACCAGGAGACGAGAGAAAUGCUGCUCACAGGACCACAGAGGAAAAGGCUGCAGCCUGACUGUGCUCACAGUCAGCCACAGCAACGGGCUGGAAGCUGCGACUUCUAAGCUGCCGUCCCAUCAUCGUUCCAAUCACUCGAUACUGGUCUGAACCAAAUUUCCUUUCAUCUUUGCAUUGGUGAGACGGUCUCUCUGGGAGUGGCUAAUAGUAAUUUUCAGUGGUAAAAUGGCAAACAUUUUAUUUCCUGGUUGGCCUAGCACCUCUAAUGGUGGCAAACCAAGAUGCUAAUGGGGGAGUUUGGCCACCCCAGACAGGUGAUGUGUAGCCCUCUGAGUGACAGAUACACAAGUCAGAAAAGAACUGGAAGAACAGCAGGGCUGGAGCAAGGCACAGCUCACUGUAGUAAUCGUAAAUGAACUUGAAAAUGAUGAUUCUUUACCCACUUAGCCCCGGUUCAGGUGCCCUGGAAGAGGCAGAUGUGUUAAUAGCAGUGAAGGUGCAAAAAGUCAAUUCCUAAUUGUACUUAGUUAAACCAGUGGAGCAGGGCACCCUAAUUUGGAAGCAUUAUAAGCCAGAGACAGCAGAAUGGCAGCCUAUCUAUGAUUUGUUUUGGUUGUUUGUCCACGUGGUAAUUUAUUUAAAUUUGGACUAAUUGCAGUAAUUAAAAUCAGGAACUUUCUCAUGAAAUUUCAGGCAACCCAUACCAAAUGGACCUGAAUUUCUCUAUGAAAGCAGUUGGCUUGGUGGGAAGAAGAGAGGAGAACAGUAACUUGCUAUUUCAGAUGAGACCUGAGUGAGCUUUAUGUUUACCACAGCCCCCACCAUUCCCUGUGUCCAGUUGCUAAGGCUUGGUGUCAUUGCCAUUUAUUAGCUUUUUCCAGCCACUCUUCAUCCAUAUAUGUUACUUGCUUCCCUGCAAUUAAUCUGAGAGCAGAGGCUUCAAAACUUCCUGGCUUCUCCACCUACCAAGCCCACAAGUUCUGCUGAGUAUCUGGGUGGGUUUGGAGAAGGCCCUGGAUCAGGUGUGCUUCAGUGACCACCUAGGAACAGAGAAUCAUGAACAGACUCCAGGGAAAUCAUGCCUGAUGCUGAGAGGUCCAUGAAGCAGCAGUGAGCCACCACUGUGGAGGUGGGAGUGGGAGUUAGUGACCAAGUGACAGGAUGGGAGCAAUGACCAGACUUCCUGCUGAUGACUCAGCUCUACCAAGGCACUACACCUGGGUAGGUGCAACUCAUCGUUGGAACGUCUUUGCGUAGCCCCAUCCUGGAAGAAGCUCUGUGAUGUGUGGAUCGUGAGUUUGCUCAAGCAAAUUGGACUCUUUACAAGGAAUAGCUAGAUUUGAAGACUAGGAUGGAAGAGCCAGCACCAGUGGAAGGCCAGGGCCAGCUCCCAAGCCCCCACCAGGGCUCUCUGAGGAAAGCCAUGGCAGCUGCCCUGGCCCUUGAUGGGGAAUCCACACUGGGUCGCAGGAAAAAGAAGAAGAAAGAGUCCCGCCCAGAAUCUAUUAUCAUCUACCGGUCAGAGAGUGAGAAACUGGAUGAGGAGCCUGGGGAAUUAGAAGGUGGAGAUCAGCCUAAAGAGGAGGAGGGAGAUGAUUUCCUAGACUAUCCUGUGGAUGAUGGUAUGUGGAACAUGCCUGUGGACAGCCGCUAUGUCACAUUAACUGGGACCAUCACCCGAGGGAAGAAAAAGGGGCAGAUGGUGGAUAUCCAUGUCACGUUGACAGAGAAGGAGCUGCAGGAACUCACCAAGCCUAAAGUGUCUUCAAGGGAAAUGGCACCUGAAGGCAGAAAGGCCUGCCAGCUGGGAGCAGACCGUGGGCCCCACGUGGUCCUCUGGACGCUGGUCUGCCUGCCUGUGGUUUUCAUCCUCUCCUUCGUGGUCUCUUUCUACUAUGGCACCAUCACCUGGUACAAUAUCUUUCUUGUGUACAACGAGGAGAGGACCUUCUGGCACAAGAUCUCAUGUUGCCCCUGCCUCAUUCUCUUCUAUCCAGUGCUCAUCAUGGCCAUGGCCUCUUCCCUGGGCCUCUAUGCUGCCGUGGUCCAGCUCUCAUGGUCCUGGGGAGCAUGGUGGCAAGCUGCCCGGGACAUGGAGAAAGGCUUCUGUGGCUGGCUGUGCAGCAAACUGGGUCUGGAAGACUGUUCUCCCUACAGCAUUGUGGAGCUGCUUGAAUCUGACAAUAUCUCAGGCAAUCUGUCCAACAAGGAUGCCACCCAGGAGGUAGAAACAUCCACUGUCUAAUCUCCCAACAACUUACUUGAUUCUCUGGUCUCAGUAGCCUGUAUAUCAUCUUCCAAUUUCAGAAUAUUCCUUCUUUAAAUUAUUCCUCCCCCGCCUUCCCCCGUACACAGUUCUUCUGGAAAAUUUUAGCUCACACUGAUCUGUCCUACCAUCUUGUUGGUUUCCAGGAAGGCGGAAAACAGAAAAGCAAUCUGUGCCCAGAUAGUCCAUCCAGUGGAUAAACUCUUCUUCAUUCCUUGACCUAAGAUGACCAUUUUUCUGAGACAAGGGAGCUCAGGUGUGUGUCAGUUCAGGAGCUUGGAGGUGUUCCUGGUGCCUGGAACCCAGGGGAGAUGUGACUAAAUGUGACAGGGAGAAUAAGGAGGCUCACGGGAGACCCAAGUCCACCAAUAAGAUAAUAGAUAGGGAUGGAGUGAAAUAUUUAAGAAGCAGGCUGCAACAGUGUAGCAGAAUGUAAAGAUAUGUGUGUAUCACUUAGAUUUUGAUUUAUAUAUUAAAUAUAAUUAAAAUCCAAAUAUCAGUAGUUUAAACAAGCUAGAGGUCUGUUUCUUUCCUGUAUAGAAGAAGUCUGGAGGCAGACCAUCAGGGAAAUUGAUGAAGUCAUCAGAAUCCCAGGCUUUUUUUAUUCACCAACCCUCACUGCCUUUAUCCUCAACACCCAGUGCUGACUACAUCUCCAGUCAUCACAUCCCUGUUUCGGAUAGAACAGAGGAAAGGGCAACGAAGAGCACAUACACCCUCCUAGACUAAGGCGGCUUCUCAGAAGGCCCCCUCAACACUUCUUGUAUCUCAUUGGCCAGACGGUAGUCACAUGACCUCACAAGCAAGAAAGGCUGGGAAAUGUAGUCUUUUGGCCGGGCAGCUAUAUUCUAAAUGUUUGGGUUCUGCUAAUUUAAGAGACAAGGAAAUAAUGGCUAUUUUGGUAGGCAAGUAAGAAUCUCUGGCUCACAGUAAUUAUUUAAAUACAUUCAGAUCCAAAACUGCGAGUACAGUUUUAUUUAUGUAUGUAUUUAUUUAUUUAUUUAAGCCUAAAUAUUACACAGAGAAUUUAUACAUAGAUACUAGCUACAUAUACUAUGCAUAAACCACACGUAGAUAUUAGCAACUCAUGUAUGUUGCAAUUAAAUAUCUAUAAUGCCAUGUGAUUUCAGGUUUUUUAGAAAGGAAGAGUGAAUAGUUGAAUACAAUUAUAUCAUAGUAGCAUAGCUUUCUUCCCGGUAGUGAAGGUGGGCCUGUGUGGUGAUGUUUAGUUUAAUGUACAGAUGAAAGACUGCAAAGGGAGGCAUUGCAUAUGUCAGACUUUCCCCCAGCAAGGUCAGCAGCCCCAAGCACAAGAAGACAGUUAGCUUUGUGUGGUUUGUCAAAGCUCACUCAGAGCCUCACUCACUCAGAACUUUCUUCUCACAGCAAACACAGUCUUUGCUGUGCUGAAAAGCUUGGGUCUUCAUGGACGCUGAGGGUGUAAACCAGGUGGAUCCAGAUCAAUAGAUUCUGAACUUUCAAAAAAUAUUCCUGAGGGUCUCUUUCCAGUUUCAAAAAAAUCAAAUCCUAAGAGGUCAAGCAGAUUUUGGAGGUUUGAGUCCUUAUAAGAAUAGCUGGUGCCCUAUUCAUGGUUCAUGUCUCAGGAAGAAGCUGUUGAAAGAACUGCUGUGAAUCAAACCAGAUGGGUCAAGCAAUGCUGUCCCACAGAAGGCCAGGACAUUUGCCUGAUGCACGGUGCUGUACUCCACCUUCAGAGGAAACCCCUCCUUUUUAAAAAUAACUAUUAUUAGUUUGAGAAAAAAAACAACAACUGUGUCUAACACGUUUGAAGAUAAUGUUGGUGCUCUCUGGUGCUUUUACAGAGAUAUAAACAAUUGAAAUGAAGACAAAGAAAAUAAAAAUAAAAUCAGAUUAACGUUUGCUCACUUUGUCUUUGAGUUUCUCCAAAAUUGCUUUGAACGCUUCAGUUUUCAGAAAAGGUUGAGCGUGGUGACUAUUUUAUAUAUGUAUAAUGAUCUUAAUAUGGGUCCUUAUGUCUUGACUCUUCCAAUAGACCACCAAUUUAUGAGGAUUCUGUUUAGCUGGAUUUUUUCCACAGAUCACAGAUUUACCUAAGCUUACAUUAGGAAGUUGCAGCCACAUUUGUCACAUUUUUUUCGGGGGUUAAGGAAACAAAUGGCCAAGGCGAAAAACAGUCAUGAUUAGGACAAGGAUAAGAUGUCCCUGGCAGAAUGAAGGAGGGUGGGGUCAGGGUAAGGAGCGUGGGAUACCUAGGUGAAGUUGAUGUAACCCUCACCCUAAUUGGGCUCGCCACCUAGUGGAAGAAAUAGGCUCAUAAAAUAAAAUCAUUUCAAAAGGGCUCAGAGAGGUAUGUAAAAGCCUAGACCUGAGGAAGGAAAACUUAACCAAACAGACCUAAAGCAAUCUCAUCCUUGCUGUCAGCAAAUACCUAGAGAAUUUUAGAGGAGAAAUUAGAGAGUUAAAUGCCAUACUUGAACAUUCUGUUAGCUCAUAGUUACCUACUCUUCAUGGUGAAUAUCAGGAAGGAGGACUAUGCUUUCCAAUUGCUCUGUAGCCAUAAUAUUCUGAGCUUGGUAAACCAUGUCUGAUCCAGUAUGAUAAUGCCAAUGUUCCCAAGCCAUCUUGUCCAUCGACAUUAGGCAGCGCUCUUCAUUUCAAGUCCAAGGGGACCAAAACCCCUGUUAUCCAUGAUUUCUAAUAAAACAAGGUUCUAAAUCUUAAGAAGAACUAAUUUUAGAUGACUUGAAAGUUUCAUUGUGUCAUUGAUACCAGGCCACCUAGGGCUUAAGUUUUACAGUGUUGCAAAUGAUUAGAGGCCAACAUCAGAAAUUUUACCCUCCUUGAAUGUAAAUUGGUGCAGCCACUAUGGAGAACAAUAUGGAGGUUCCUCAAAAAACGAAAAAUAAAAAAAAAUAAAAUAAAAAAACGAAAAAUAGAACUACCAUAUGACCCAGCAAUCCCACUACUGGGCAUAUAUCCAGAGAAAACCAUAAUUCAAAAAGACACAUGCACCCCAAUGUUCAUUGCAACACUAUUUACAAUAGCCAGGACAUGAAAGCAACCUAAAUGUCCAUCAAUAGCGGAAUGGAUAAAAAAGAUGUGGUACAUAUAUACAAUGGCAUAUUACUCAGCCAUAAAAGGAAUGAAAUUGGGUCAUUUGCAGAGAUGUGGAUGGACCUAGAGACUGUCAUACAGAGUGAAGUAAGAGAAAAACAAAUAUCUCAUAUUAACGCAUAUAUGUGUAAUCUAGAAGAAUGGUAUAGAUGAUAUUUGCAAAGCAGAAAUAGAGACAGACAUAGAGAACAAACAUGGAUACCAACGAGGAAAGGGGGGGCGGUGGGAUGAAUUGGGAGAUUGGGGUUGACGUAUAUACACUAUUGAUACUAUGCAUAAAAUAGAUAACUAAUGAGAACCUACUGUAUAGCUCAGGGAACUCUACUCAAUGCUCUGUGGUGACCUAAAUGGGAAGGAAAUCCAAAAAAGAGGGGAUAUAUGUGUACACAUAAUGCCGAUUCACUUUGCUGUACGGUAGAAACUAACACAACAUUGUAAAGCAACUAUAUUCCAAGAAAAAUUAAUUUAAAAAAAAGAAAAUUUCCCCUCUUCGAUUAAUUUAAUUACUAACAUGAGCCUGUUGAAAUACAUUCUAGGCCCAAGAUGAAGCCACUCCUGCUUAGGUGCCGCAUCAGCAAACCAAAACUUAGGUCACUUUUGCAUCCCUUUACAUGUUCUGCUUGACCAGAAAUGUAGUACAAUCGUCCCUGCCAUCAGUGGUGGAUUGGUUCUAGGACCCCUGUGGAGACCAAAAUCCACAGGGAUGCUCAAGUGCCUUACAUAAAAUGGUAGUACAGCCGGCCCUCCAUAUCUGUGUUCUCCAUCCUCAAAUUCAAUGAACCAGGGGUUGAAUUUGACCUGCAGUCGGUUGAACCUGUGGUUGCCCAACCCAUGCAUAUGGUGGGCCGACUGUAUGUCCAGUCAGCCAACCCCCAAACAGCAAGGCAGCUCGGGCUCUAUACUUCUUUCCUUGUUCCUUCUUGCUCCAAACAAGGCUGACUAUGUGGCCGCAGCCAAUCCGAUAUUUUCUAUUUUUCUCUUCCUUAUUCGUUAUUAUCUAUCCUGUAAAAGCUUCCUGCCUUUGUCUCAUUUUGUUGUCCUUUGAAUGGA